AUGAGCUCUUCAAGGACUGAGAUUGAACAAGAAGUCUCCGGCGAUGGCACACAGCCGCUGCUACAGUUCAUCACGUACUCCUCUGAUGCCGCACCACUCCUCGGCCGCGAGGCACGCGGAGCUGUUCGUGCUCACGUCACUCGUCGCCAGCAUCGCCAGAAACGAAAGACCGAGCCUUUCCAAGCGAUAACAUGGACCGCGCCGACAACACGCACGACCGUCGCUGCAGCAGCAGAUAAGAGUUGCCCUACACCUCGCCCGCGAGCUACUCGUGCCAACAAAAGUUCCUCGGACGAAAGCACAGAGGAUGCUCGUUCAGGUUCUUCCACCUCCUCAAGUGUGGGGGCCCGUAAGUCUCUUGACUUUUCGGAAAACAGCUCGCGGUCAAUGUCCAUAUCUCCGAUACCAGAUGGUUCCACCCAGGAAGACCCGUUCUGGCAAUUCCCGGUUGAUUGGUCGCCUCUCUUCCCGCCAAUAAUGGCUCACUACAUUCAGAAUCUCGCCCAACCAAAUGCAAAUCUGGACAAAAGACCAGACACGUGUCUGCUGAGGACACAUUGGUUUCCAAUGGCUAUGGCAUCGCCCGCGUCCGUGUAUGCUGUUCUCCUCAUGGCUGCUUCGCACUACUGGCGGGCAUUCGGCUCCCAAGGAUGGAAUUCACCUAGGAGCGGAAAGGACGCCGUCGCGGGAAUAGUGGUUCGACCUGAGAUCAUCCUUGUUCUAAAAGCUCGUGCGUUGAAUGAAGUCAACCGUUGCUUAAAGUCAGAUGAUGUCCGGAUUGCCCUCGGAGACACGACCUUGGGAGCGGUAGCCAAGCUUGCAGCCUUCGAGGCAAUUUUCGGAGACCAGGAUGCGUAUCGUCAGCACAUGUAUGGGCUGAGGCAGAUGUUGCAAGUCAGAACAACUCUCGGCGAUGCCAUAGGAUCGGUGGAUGCAUUCCUUGCCAGACUCGUGACAUGGAUUGAUGUCAAUGCGGCCCAUUUCACAGGCAUGCCGGGGCAGAAUCUACUAGACACCGGCGUUGACAUAAGUGAGCCUGAUUUGCUCCAUUUCGCGGGCACAGACCGCGAUCGCUCUGAGCUACAGCUGGUUCUGGAGCCUCCGGUUAGUCAUGCUUGA